GAUGGGAAAACAGCAGAAGAUCUUGCCAGAGCAGAGCACCAUGAACAUGUCGCGAGUCUGCUUGCAAGACUUAAAAAGGAUACACAUCGGGGGCUUUUUAUCCAGCAGCUGCGGCACACACAGAAUCCACAGCCCCGGAUCAAGCUGAAGUUGUUUGGAUACUCUGGUUCUGGGAAAACAACCCUUGUGGAGUCUCUCAAGUGUGGCCUGUUACGAAGCUUUUUCCGAAGACGUAGGCCUAGGCUCUCCUCCGCAAACUCAACCAGAUUCCCUCCAUCUCCUUUGUCUUCCAAACCUUCAGUUUCAGUAAGCAUUACAAAUCUUUAUCCUGGUUGUGAGAAUGUCAGCGUGAGAAGCCGUAGUAUGAUGUUUGAGCCAGGCCUGACCAAAGGGGUAUUAGAAGCUUUGGUUGUACCUGCUCAUCACUCUCCUUUCUCUGCUGAUGACCAGUCCACCAAGGCCAUUGACAUUCAAAACGCAUAUUUGCAUGGAGUUGGUGAUUUCAGCAUCUGGGAAUUCUCUGGGAAUCCUGUGUACUUCUGCUGUUAUGAUUAUUUUGCUGCAAAUGAUCCCACUGCAAUUCACACAGUGCUUUUUAGUCUUGAGGAGCCUUAUGAAAUCCAGUUAAACCAAGUGACCUUUUGGCUCAGUUUCCUGAAAUCGUUAGUCCCAGUUGAGGAGCCCAUAGCAUUUGGUGGAAAGCUGAAAAGUCCCCUGCGUGUUGUUUUGGUUGCCACACACGCUGACAUAGUGAAUCUUCCACGGCCUGCUGGGGGAGAGUUUUGGUAUGACAAAGAUAUGUCGCUGUUGAAAGAAAUCAGGAACAGGUUUGGAAAUGAUCUGCAUAUUUCAGACAAGUUAUUUGUCAUGGAUGCUGGAGCAUCUGGGUCUAAAGAUAUGAAGCUUCUCCGAAAUCACCUGCAAGAAAUAAGAAGCCAGAUAAUUUCUACUUGCCCACCUAUGACUCAUCUGUGUGAAAAAAUAAUCUCCACACUGCCUUCCUGGAGAAAAAUGAAUGGACCCAACCAGCUGAUGUCCUUGCAGCAGUUUGUAUACGAUGUACAGGAACAGCUCAAUCCUCUAGCAAGUGAAGAUGACCUACGGCAUAUUGCACAGCAGUUGCACAGCAUCGGAGAAAUUAACAUUAUGCAGAGUGAAACUGUCCAAGAUGUUGUGCUUCUGGAUCCUCGCUGGCUCUGUUCAAACGUCCUUGGAAGAAUCCUGUCAGUGGAGAACCCAAAAGCCCUCCAUCACUAUAGAGGUCGGUACACCCUAGAGGACAUCCAGCGUCUGGUGACAGAUAGCGAUGUGGAAGAACUGAUACAGAUUUUGGAUGCCAUGGAUAUUUGUGCAAGGGACCUCAGCAGUGGGGCUAUGGUGGAUAUUCCUGCUCUCAUAAAGACUGACAGUCUCCACAGAUCUUGGACAGAUGAGGAGGAUGAGGUGCUGAUUUAUGGUGGUGUUAGAAUUGUUCCUGUGGAACAUCUUACCCCGUUUCCUUGUGGAAUUUUUCAUAAAGUUCAGGUGAAUCUCUGCAGGUGGAUUCAUCAGCAAAGCACAGAGGGAGAAGCUGAUAUACGUCUGUGGGUAAAUGGAUCAAAGAUUAUGAAUCGUGGAGCUGAGCUUUUAGUGCUGCUGGUCAACCAUGGUCAGGGUAUAGAGGUUCAAGUUAGAGGACUGGAAACAGAGAAGAUCAAGUGCUGUUUACUUUUGGAUUCUGUAUGCAGCACCAUUGAUAACUUAAUGGCCACAACCUUACCAGGCCUUCUGACUGGGAAAUACUACCUUAGUCCUCAGCAGCUGAGGGAGCAUCAUGAACCAGUAAUGGUCUACCAACCUAGAGACUUUUUCCGUGCACAGAGUCAGAAGGAGACAUCACUAACUAACACUAUGGGGGGAUACAAAGAGAGUUUUAGCAGUAUUCUGUGUUUUGGCUGUCUUGAUGUCUACUCCCAGGGAAGCCUAGGAAUGGAUAUUCAUGUUUCUGAUCUGAAUCUGCUUACCAGGAGAAAACUAAGUCGCCUUUUGGAUCCACCCGAUCCUAUGGGCAAAGAUUGGUGCCUUCUGGCCAUGAACCUGGGCCUCCCCGAUCUCGUUGCAAAGUACAAUACAAAUAAUGGAACACAAAAUGACUUUAUCUCAAGCCCAGUCCAUGCCCUUCUGCAGGAGUGGAGUAAUGCUCCUGACAGCACUGUAGGUAUCCUAAUGUCUAAACUGAGGGAGUUAGGUCGCAGGGAUGCAGCAGACUUUUUAGUGAAGGCAUCUUCUGUGUUCAAAAUAAAUUUAGAUGCUAAUGGUCAAGAGGCUUACGCUUCGAGCUGCAACAGUGGCACGUCUUACAACUCCAUUAGCUCCGUGGUGUCUCGGUAA